AUGCGCUACCACCUCCUCAAAGGAUCCGAGUUCACAAAGCGAACCAGGCGGCGUGCUGUUGCGGGAUUGCGGCGACUCAGGCAGCGGCUUGACGCGCAGAUUCCAGCGAAAGACUCAGAACAACAUUUGCUCCUUGCGACGUGGAACAUUCGUGAUCUUACCAAGACUAGUCGGCGGCGCUUGCCUGAAUCCCUGUUCUAUCUUGCUGAGGUAAUUUCACGCUUCGAUAUCGUGGCAAUCCAAGAGGUGAAUGCGCUCAAAGAGUGGGAGCGCAUCAUGUACAUCUUGGGUCCUGACUGGGACUACAUCGCAACUGACGAAGCUGACCGAGAGAACGGUGGCAACGGCGAGCGGCUGACCUACGUGUUUGACCGCCGAAAAGUUAGUUUCCAAAACAUUGCUGGUGAGCUUGUGUUGCCGCCAAGUGCUUUGAUUUCAGCGGAAACCAAGACAGGAUUGCAGUUCGCCCGAACACCGUACGUGGCACUCUUCCAGUCAGGUUGGUUCAAGUUUGCACUCUGUACCGUGCAUAUCUAUUUCGGUAAGAACUAUGGGGAGAAGCUGGAGCAGCGGCGUCUUGAGAUUGAAGCAGUUGCGCGCUACUUCGGAACCAAAUCGGCGAAAGAGUUUAGUGAGCAUGAGCGGACGCUAAUUUUGCUCGGGGACUUCAACAUCAUCUCGCCGAAGCACAAGACGAUGGCGGCGCUCGAAGGGCAGGGGUUCAAAAUCCCGAAGGCACUCCGAAAGAAGCCAAGCAACAGCAAGAAGACCAGCCACUACGACCAGAUCGCCUUUGGUACGCGCCAGGAAGUGUUGGAGUUCGUGGAUCGUUUUUGUGACGAUCCACGUGACUGCAAUGCCGGCGUGUUUGAUCCGUUUGAGUCAGUCUAUCGAGCGGAGGACGAGGAACGGUACCUGAAAGAACAGAACGGUGACCAACGAGCUUUCGAGACAUGGCGUACCUAUGAGAUCUCGGAUCACCAGGCAAUGUGGGUCCGACUGCAGGUCAAUAGCUCGGAGGAGUAUUUGAAGAGCCUUGGAGCGAUAUCAUGA